AAAAUAUCGAUGCAUCGUUUGCAUCCCUACACUUGACAGUUGAAAAAACCAGCAUUGCCUGAAAAGUGUGUAGACGUGAAAAUUUGUUCUGGAGGAAAAUUUUAACAUUUUGUGGAAAUCUUAAUAUCCUAAAACAAAAAAAAAUGUCUUUUGGUGGUCAGCAGAACCAGCCUUGGCAACAGCGAAAGACCUGGAUUUUAUCAAGGCGCAAGUCCGACGCAAUGUUUAUGCAGCAACAUGCGGCUUCGCAAUCUGCCUUUGGUCACUCGGCCAUUUUCUCGCAAGGCGGCUCGGCAGCACCCUCCGUAGCCUACCCUCAGCAAAGAUCGGCUACUUUGAAUCCCGUUGCAUUUCAACAACCUAAUAGUGGAGGCCAAACCAUGACCAAUUCUAUAGGCACCAUAACUAAAAUCAAUAAUGAAUGCGGACUUAUAAACGACGAAGUUUUCUUCUACCGUAAUGCAUGUAAGGGCGUCAUCCCGAAGUUGGGGGAUAGGGUUAUAUUCGAAGCCACUUAUUCCACCACUGGCCAAUUUAAGUGGAAUGCAACUUUAAUUCAAUUAAUGGGGAGCAGCAUAUCUCAUCAAACUCAGCAAUUGCCAUCAUUAAUGGCAGGUGUAAGUAGCGGCAGAAGUGGUAGUGGUUAUAAUGCAGUUCCACCACCCAACGAAUAUCAACUUGCUCAAAUGCAACUGCAACAACAACGUCAUGGCUCACCAAGACGUUCUUCUCCUUUGCGAGGCGAUCGCUCUAACUCGCGAAAUGAACGUGAGCGAGAACGACGUGAGCGGACCGUAAUAUUCGCUCGAGGGACAGAGAAGAUGAUGAAAGAGAACGCAAACGUCGUCGUGAGGAUAAUGAACGUAGUCGGGAACGCGCCAUUGCAUCCAUUGGGCGGCCUCAUGAUAGAGAUCGUGACCGUGCGCGCCCUGAUAGCAAAUCAGAUCUUGCGUUGGAGCGAAGGGAGCGCGAACGGGAACGAGAGCGAGAACGUGAGACGUGAACGCGAACGCGACCGGGAACGGGAAAAGGAACGCGACAAGGAGCGCGGGGAACGUACUGAGCGAGAAGAACGUCCUGAGCGCGGAGAGCGUUCUGAACGUGCAGAACGACCUGAUCGUGGAGGGCGUCCUGAGCGCGCUGAACGAAGUCCACAUCGUCCGCCUGCAAAGGGGCGACGUACACGUGCAAUUCGUCGGUAUAUGAUUCAGAUACCAAAAAAUAUAUUACCUUACAAUUCGGCUGAUGUUCAAGAGUUACGUCAACGUUAUGAAACAAUGUAUAUCCCAUCUGACUUUUUUCACUGCAAAAUUUUGUGGCCUAAAGUUUUCACGCCGGAAAAUUCUUUUUCAUUACGACGUCCAUGUCAAUUCCAUGUAAUGCAUCGCAUAGUAGAUUCUCCAUUCGAGCAAAACAACGAUGUACUAGAACCGUCUGAUGCCGACCACAGAUACUCGGCUAAAGUGAUGCUUUUAGCUUGUCCCCCAAUAGCCGAACUUUAUCAGAAAUGCUUGGAAGAUGACGAAAAUGAUAACGAACAGAAUGCAGUGCAUCCAUCUCGUUUAAUUAGUUUCCUCGUAGGUACCAGAGGAAGAAACGAGCCAAUGGCCAUUGGUGGCCCGUGGAGUCCAUCGCUCGAUGGUGAAAACCCUGACAAGGAUCCUGCCGUAUUAAUUCGUACGGCCAUACGUACAUGUAAAGCAUUGACUGGAGUCGAUCUAUCACAAUGUACUCAAUGGUAUGUAUUCUGAAUAGGUAUAGAUCUAGCUUUUAAUUGAAUUAUAAAAUCAAUUAUUUAAUAAGGAUAGCAGGAUUAACAGUUUCUUAGCCGUGAUUUAUACCAGAUUUGUAAUUUAUUAAUCUAAACAUUCAAAUAGUUUGGUUAUUUUUAUUAGAUCAUGGUUUUAAAACUUAGGAACUAAUCAAAAUAGUUUAUCCAGCAAGUGAAAACAUAUUAAAAUCUCAAGGUUCUGGUUAUACAAGUUUUAUCAA